AUGCGCCUCUCAGUGGCGACAGUGCCAUCUCUCAGGCUCUACAUCUUCUACCGGGUCAUUGUGGCAAUCACUGCAAAUGCCUUUUUUGGCGCCAGCUCGGCGAGUAUCAGCGAUGUCUUUGGCAGAGGCAGUGCGGCUUUUGCUGAGGCAACGAGCCGAGUUCAACGCUUCGCCUUGAUGGCCAUGCUAACCGGCACCUAUGCCGGACGUUUUGUCAAGGAGCCUCAGCAUGCUUUCGCCGCGGUCGGGUGCAUGCAGCUACUUGCAGCGGCAUGCGUUGGCCUCUGCGUAACCGAGACUUUGCCUGCAAAAGGGACAAUGGACUGGUCCCUGAACACAGUGAGCCCUUUGAGUUCUUGGUCUUUCUUCCGCAAGAGCAAAGCCCUGGCUGUGCUGGCCGUGCUUUGCACAGCCAUGGAGCUGCCGUCGCACGUCAACAUUGAUGCUGUUUAUCGUCGCCAGAAGUUCGGCGAGCGAUGGGGCAACGAGCGGGAUUCAUCGCAAAUGGUCGUUUACCAGAUUGCUGGUGUGCUUAGCACGUUCUUCCGUGCCCCGCUGAUUGCAAAGCUCGGUCAGCAGGGGGCCUGCCGACUUGAAGCUUGGUGCACGGUCAUCAUGAAUUUGAACAAUGCCUUAGCCUGGCGUCCGAGCCUUCUUUACUUGAACCCGCUCCUCUGUGUGUUUCAGUGCGGCGGACUCGCGCAGCUUGGCGAGCAAACGGUUUCGUGUUCCAACCGCUUUUUGGUGACCUCCUUCCAUGCCAUUAAAAAGACUAGAUACCCACAUCUCCAGGCGCUUGAAGAAACAGGCUGA